UUUAAACUGGCGCAAUGUGCAAGCAUACUUGUACGUGUGUUAGUUGUCGACCCAUAUUCAAGCAUACUUGUGCAAUCAACUUGUACAUGUGUACCGUUCAAGUAUACUGGUACCUCUAUGGGGGCCUUAAGAUGCGAAUACUUUAGCAUCUUCAUAGCAUCUCAUUUUUAUUAUAUCUCAAUGGUGACAGUUUUACACCUUUUGACAUAUUAUUGAAAAGUCACAAAAAUAAUGGACUUCCAAAUAUCUACAAAUCUUUAUAAGAAAUAUGAUUUUAUUAUGUCAUCACUGUUAAUACUUAUAUUUUGUACAACUAUGGACAAAACAAUUUGGAGAGUAUUCAAAGAUGCUUCGCAAUGGUACCGAGAAAACAAAGAACUGAAACGAGAACGAGAAACUCUGCUUAUAAUGCACAAAGAUGCUGUAGGUGAGGGUGAUGGAGAAUCCAAUUGCGAAACUGAAAUAGAAAAUUUGAAUAAAACUAUUAAACAACUCAGCACAAAAGUUGCAGAAUUACAAACAGAAGUUAAUUCAUUAAAGGAAAUGGAAUUUCACACAUCGAAAGAAAAUAUUAAGCUAGCAGAAGAUUUAGAGGCUGAAAGAGAUAAAAAUUGUGAGCUGGACUCACAAUUAUCAGAAUUAAAAAAGGAACAAGAUCAAACCCUACGUAUUUUGGAAAUGAUGAAAAAAGAAAUACAAGACCUACAAUCUUUAGAGGAAGAACAUAAAACAAACCUAGUCAAUUUAAAGAAUGAGUCUGAUGCUCAGAAAAGGGAACAAAAUGCUUUAAAACAUCAAAAUGCCUUGGUCGUGAAUGGAAAUGAAGACGGUGGAAACUAUAUCAUGUUGAUUCAAGAAAUUGAAGAUUUAAAAAAGACCCUUGAAGAUGAAAGAAAUAAAUACGAAGAAGAAUUAAGCAUCCUUCAGGACCGGAUAGAAGAACAAGCCAACAAUGUACAAAUAAAGGUCUUAGAAGAGAGGCUCAAGCUAGUCGAAUCUGAGUUCCAAGCAGCUUAUGAACGUGUCAGUAGAGCGGAGGAUAGGUUAAAAGCGCCUUCCAUUCCUCCACCACCGCCGCUGCCUCCAAUGCUUCCACCUACUCCUUGUAUAAGAAGAAGUAAAAAUAGAGUCGCCUUAUCCGAUUUGGCUAAGUGCAUAGGAGUCGAGGAAAACAUAUCUUCCGAUAAAAAUGGAACUCCUGGAGUUAACGAAGACAUUAUAAACGCUAUAAAAUCUGGUCAGUUUACCUUAAGAAAAGCUAAAAAAGACUCAGAAAAGCAAGAAGGUAAAGAACAACCUAAAGCAGUCUCUGAACUACUUAAUAUUCUCGGUAGUCUCAGAAGGGCGCCUAAAAAACGACAAAGUCAAUUUUUUGGUGAUGUACAAUUGUAGCACAACAUUAUUUUUAGUAUUUAACCAAUAUUGUUAACUUUUAAUAUUUUAUUCGAU